AUGGCGUCGCGCCUCCGCUCCUUCUCCCGUCCCGUCGCAGCCGCCUUCCUCCGCUCAGCUUCCGCCCGGAGCCCCGCGGCCUCUCUCCCCCGCGCUCUCUCUCCAACCCCCAGGGCUUCUUCCCUGGGGCGGCAGGUGGCGCUGGCACGAUCUCUGCAGCCGCUGCACAGCGCAAUCUCGGCGGCGAGGCUAACGUCACGGCUUGGGGCAGAGGUGGCCCGGGCAGUGUCGCAGGGUACGCUCUGCAGCUCCAACCCGGGAGUCUGA